CUUUCUCCUUGUUUCAAUCCCAAUCCACUUUCUCCCGUUCUCGUUUCGACAGGGAGGCCCCGCGAGGCCGUCCUAGGGUUUCAGUUGCGCCGCCCUCGAUUGCCGACGCGGCUCCCCUUCCCCCAGAUCGGGCGCCGCCGACUUCUCGAUCUCCGCCGAGCGCCGCUUCCCGGGACUCUUUCGGUCGAAUCUCGCUGUCGCGGCGAGAUGUCGGAAUACCAGAACGUCGUCGGUGGGAGGCUCAAGCUGAAAGGGAAACCGCUGGAUGUCAAGGAAGGCGGGGUCAAGAAGAAGAAGAAGAAGCACCGCCGCGAGGAGUCGUCUCAGGUCGAGCACGGAGAGCAUCGCGAAGGUGGGAGCUCGGAAUUACAAGGUGACGCUAUUAAUGAAUUUAGUGAAGCUGACAAGAUGGGAGAAGAAGGGAGCUCCCAAGCUGAUUAUGAUCACCUCACGCCAGCUGAGCGACGUUACAUUGAACAGAAGCAGAAGAUUGACAUACACAAGCUGGCCAAGGUUGCUGACAAGUCACACAGGGACCGCAUCCAGGACUUCAACCAGUACCUGGCAAAUCUUAGCGAGCACUAUGACAUCCCAAAAGUUGGUCCUGGUUAACUAAGCAAGAAAAUCAAGGUUCACAUGAUUGUUCUGUGUGCUGAACCUAUCCAAUGUCUCUUUGCUUGUUAUUAUGACAGUCUGUAGUCUUGUCUCUGCAAUAUUUGAGAACUUGCGGGGGUCUUGUAAACUGAUUGCACUUUAUCUGCAUUUCAAGACCAUGCAUAAUGAUUGAAAGUAUUCUAAA